AUGAGCAAGAAAGGUAGUGUCAAAAAAAGUAUUAAGCAAGUGGACGCAUCCCUCCACGAACCCAUCAACAGAGAUGUGCCACCAACUAUAUACGGCACGAAUCUGAAGCCCGAGCUAGCAAGCGCUGCUUUGAACUUAUCCGUGGACUUCCUCAAACAGCAACAAGCGCUUGCUAACCACUUCCUAGUAUGUCAUCCUAAGACGAUCGCGUUUGUUCUGUUGGGAUCUUUCAUCUACCUGGUACCUAAUGUGAAUUUGCCCAGAAACACGAGGUCGGUGAUUAGUUUUGCCAUUCAAUUUGUACUAAUGAACCGAGUACAACUCCUGACAUGUGGCGUGGUUGUUGCGAUCGUGGCAUCGGUUCUGUUCACGCUGUUAUCGAAAUUUACGGAUAGUUUCUUCAAAGAGAAGAUAAAUCAAGUGAUCGACUCUGACGGCAGUGUUCUAUUUGACUGCAAGUUGACCGAACUAGCAGGGGGCAUUGUAAAAGACAAGAAGAAGUUGCAAAACACGCAAAUUAUUCUCUACCGCGAGACUCCAAUCGCAUUAGUUAGCGUUUUGGCCAACAGUGGCGUUUCGGACAACGAUUCUUUAGUCAUGGGUGUCUCUACAAUCGGCUGUCGCCGAGUUUAUGCAAAGAGUGGUAUUGUCGAAGACUUACUCGACUGGGCCGUAAUUCGCACGAAAAAUAUUCAAAGCGAAGGCUCCAAUGACACCAGCAAUUCUAUGAAACUGUUAGUGGAGGUUUAUUCUUUCGACAACAACGUGAAAGAUGUGUUAAAGAAAAAGGGUUAUUCUCUUGUCAAAAGCUGCAAUCUUUCCGAAUCAAAACUUUUGGGUGGGCUGUUUGGGGUUCAAAAAGAAUUGUGGGGCGUCCAGUUCCAUUAUGAUGCCAAAAAACAAAAAUAA